GGGACGUGGCGAGCGUAUUGCAACGGGAAGAAGUGCGGGUACGCGGUGCGGAGGGAGUGCGGGGCGGCGGAUUGGCGCGUGCUGCGAGCUGUGGAGAUGGUUUCGAUGGGCGCCGGAGUGCUACCGGCGGCGAAGGAGACGGCGGGGAACGGCGGGGAGGGGGAGGGAGAUAUGAUGUAUAUGAGAGGGAGGUUUGAGAGGGUGGUGGGGUCGAGGGACUCUGAGGCGUUCUAUAUGAUGAAUCCUGAUGGCAACGCUGGGCCGGAGCUGAGCAUUUACUUGCUCAGAGCCUGAGAUUGAAGACAAAUUAAUUAAUCCGUACCGGGCAAAUAAAUAGCUUGCUUGCUUUUAUAUAUAUGUUCGGUUGGAAAUUUAGCUUCUUUUGGGAGGCAAUUAUAUAUAUUUGGGGGUGAUAAAUUAAGCUAUCAAGGAGGGAGGUUUGAUUGGAAAUUUUUUUGCUUGAAUGUUGGGGCGGGUUGUGAAACUUCAUGUUGUUUGAAUUUUCAUUCGUGAACAAAUAUGAAAUAAUGUUUCUGCUAUUUUGAAUGUUUUUGGGUGAUCAUUCAUGAGAUCUAACCAAGACUCGUUAAUAAUAAUAACACCUAAAGUCAUGAA